AUUGGGAACCUGUCAUGCCAUUUGGAAGGAAAGAAGAAUGUGCCAGCAGAAAGAAAUUCAAGUGGAUCCACAUUUCUGUACCUAAAAAGAAGUUUGAAUCCACAUCAGGUUUCGUUAGGGCUUGUAAACAAUGGAAAAAUAUGGUAUCAAGUUUCCGAGUUUCUGAACUACAAGUGUUGUUGGGCUUUGCUGGACGUAAUAAAAGUGGGCGCAAACAUGACCUCCUGAUGAGGGCACUGCAUUUAUUGAAGAGUGGCUGCAGCCCAGCAGUUCAAAUUAAAAUCCGAGAGCUUUAUAGGCGUCGGUACCCAAGGACUAUUGAAAGUCUGUCUGACUUGUCACCUAUAAAACCUUCAGUUUUCAAUUUGGAUAGUAGCUCCUCUCCUGUGGAACCUGACUUGGCUGUUGCUGGAAUCCACCCACUACCUUCUACUUCAGUCACCCCUCAAUCCCCUUCGUCGCCUGUUGGUUCUGUGCUGCUUCAAGACACUAAGCCUCACUUUGAGAUGCAGCAACCAUCACCUCCAAUUCCACCUGUCCAUCCUGAUGUUCAGCUAAAAAGCCUCCCAUUUUAUGAUGUGCUUGAUGUUCUCAUUAAACCUACAAGUUUAGUACAGAGCAGUAUUCAGAGGUUCCAAGAGAAGUUUUUUAUCUUUGCUUUAACACCUCAGCAAGUCAGAGAAAUCUGCAUUUCCAGGGACUUCUUGCCAGGGGGCAGGAGGGAUUACACAGUCCAAGUUCAGCUAAGGUUAUGCCUAGCAGAGACUAGCUGCCCUCAAGAAGAUAACUAUCCUAAUAGUUUGUGCAUUAAAGUAAAUGGGAAGUUAUUUCCAUUGCCGGGAUAUGCUCCACCACCAAAAAAUGGGAUUGAGCAGAAGCGACCUGGCCGCCCAUUGAAUAUUACAUCUCUAGUUAGAUUAUCAUCAGCAGUGCCAAACCAGAUCUCCAUUUCUUGGGCAUCUGAAAUUGGAAAGAAUUACUCCAUGUCUGUAUAUCUUGUUCGGCAGCUCACGUCAGCCAUGCUUUUGCAGAGGUUAAAAAUGAAAGGUAUCAGAAACCCAGACCAUUCCAGAGCACUAAUUAAAGAAAAGCUGACGGCUGAUCCUGAUAGCGAAAUUGCCACAACCAGUUUGCGGGUAUCUCUGAUGUGUCCUCUGGGAAAAAUGAGACUGACAAUCCCAUGCCGUGCUGUUACCUGCACACAUCUGCAAUGUUUUGAUGCUGCUCUUUACCUACAAAUGAAUGAAAAGAAGCCCACCUGGAUUUGUCCUGUCUGUGACAAAAAGGCAGCUUAUGAGAGUCUAAUAUUAGAUGGGCUCUUUAUGGAAAUCCUUAAUGAAUGUUCAGAUGUGGAUGAGAUUAAAUUCCAAGAGGAUGGUUCUUGGUGUCCUAUGAGGCCUAAGAAGGAAGCUCUGAAAGUGUCCAGUCCUCAGUGUACCAAAAUAGAAAGUUCCACUAUUGUCAGCAAACCAUGUUCUGUGACAGUGGCCAAUGAGGUAAACAAGAAGAAAGUAGAUGUUAUCGACUUGACAAGAGAAAGCUCUUCUGAUGAAGAGGAAGAUCCUCCUGCCAAAAGGAAAUGCAUAUUUAUGUCUGAAACACCAGGAAGCCCAACCAAAGGGGUUCUCAUGUAUCAGCCAUCUACCGUAAGAGUGCCCAGUGUGACAACGGUUGAUCCUGCUGCUAUUCCUCCUUCAUUAACAGACUACUCAGUACCAUUCCACCACUCACAAAUAUCCAGUAUGUCGUCAGACUUGCCAGGUUUGGAUUUUCUUUCAUUAAUCCCAGUUGAUCCACAGUACUGUCCUCCCAUGUUUUUGGAUAGUCUCACUUCAACCUUAACGAGCAGCACCCCUGGCAAUAUCAUCACAUCUACCAGCCACCAGGAGAGCAGUACUCACGUUAGUUCUUCAAGCAGGAGCGAGACAGGAGUCAUAACCAGCAGUGGGAGCAGCAUUCCUGACAUCAUCUCAUUGGACUGAAACACUGGCAGCAAAAAAACUCUAGGAGUAAUUGCACAAAGCUGCUCGUCAUGCCUGGAGAAGGAACUGCAGUGUCUUGGAAGCUAUUUUGAUAUUUAUUAAGAAGACUGAUUGAUUCUGUUGCCUUCUGAAAGUCGAGUAUAACUACAUCUACAGUAGGAACUGAAAUGAUUAGAACUUCUUUUUUUUUUUUUCUUGGUCACAAAAUAUUUGGAGUAAAAAAAGACAGUCAGAACAAAUGUACCCUUUGGCUUGUUCUGGGGAAACUGACUUUGUUUUGUUGUUGGAUGGAUUCCUACACAGCAAUAAUGUAAAAAACAACAACUUUUUUUAAAUAAAAAAGGCACUUAACCACUCUAGAAUGAAAACAGCAUAUGUUUAUCCUGGAUACAAGAAAAAGGUGCAGAAGUCUGCAGUGCUGAAUUCUUUCACUGCAGCCUGUAAUAAACUUCAUUUAGAAUAAUGAAGGUUUGUGAAAUAGCCAUGAUUUGUGCUAUAGUUGUUUGUUCCUUACAUCCUUCUUUCCCCUUCCUCCCCUUCCAUGGCAAAAAAAAUCCUGUAAAUAGAUUUUUCCUGAUUGUGUUGUUCACUUAUGAAUGCAAAUUCCUAAAGUGUUCUUCCUUGUGUAUUUUGGAGAAAAACUAUGCAAACCCUUCAUCAUACCGAUGUUAAUGUGUGCUUUCAAUUCAUAGUGUAAACACAACAAACAAACUGCUAUGCAGAACCUGGCUGUAGUCCUUUAACUUCUGGCCAGGCCUCUUGUAUAAGGUGGAAAGUAAAAAAAAAAAAAAAAAAAAAAAAAAAAACCCUGUUCAGACUAUGAAAUCCUUGUUCUUCCUUCAUGUAAUUGCCAUCCCAUACUAGUUCAUAAAACUAAACUGUCUGUCCUUCAGUGCAGCUGUUGGAAUCACGAAGUAGUUUCUUAUCUGUCUAGUCUGUCCUUUGUCCAGUGCAGGAUUGUUCUUUGUGCAUAUUUGCCAAAGCUUUGUCUAGUUGAGCUUUAAAUGAUUCAAACAGCUUCAGCCGCCUUUUUGGCUAUUGCACAGUGUGACACAACAUUUGGGAAACUUUCUUCACUCUUUCAGCCCAUUACUCCUUGUUAUAACUUCAUGGUAGACUAGAGGGUUUCUUUGUUGUGAUAACCAUCAAACCGGUGUAGACACUGUCCCUGCCUGGUCAAAAUAUACAUAUAGGGCCAAAUCAUGCAAGGUUUCUUAACAGUACUAUUGUGUAUAGUGUCUAGAAGGGUUUGCUGAUCAGGACUAUAAUUAAUCUUUCCUCCUAAUCCCUCCCUUUAAUAUUUUUUUGAAUCUUUGCUUUCCUCUUACCUGAUAUUUUCUUUGGUGGUACCCAGAAUUGUACAUGAUAUUCUAUGGAUGAUCUCAGUCCUGGAUGUUGGAAGGGGUUACAGACCAGGAAAGUGAUAAGGAAAUGCAUUGCUUUAGAGCUGGAAUCUUGGUAUUGUCUAUGUCUUGACAUUGCACCUUUUCCAAGUAUAGUGUUUGUUGACUAUAUUUAAAAUUCUUCCUGUAACAACUCACUUUCAUUCGUUCCUGUCUCUUCCCUAAUAUCUUUUAGGUACUAGAUGGGGAAGUGUUGCAUUUGGUUCAGUGUGGUUUACGCCUCCGAAAGCCAUACUUACGGCACUUGUUACUAUAGUAUUUGAACUAAGUGUAAAUACAGGAGAUGUUAAAACAGGGCUUAUUGCACAUCCCUUUGCCAUCCUCCACUCCCACCCCAAAUAAUCGGCAUCUGGUACUCGUAGCUUUUUUGUAUGCUGUUUCAGCUAGUCUUCAGUUCAUGUCAAUCUUAAUAGUGCACCCCCUCACUCUUUUCCCUUUUGUCCACUAACUUUGUACCUAUUAAAUG